UCCAGCACAGAGAGUGAGCAUCUCUCUCACAUAUACACUUGUAGGUACACAUCGAUCGCACGAGCAUGGCAGCAGGGGCAGCGGCUAACCAGACGGCCGCCGCGGGCGACGGCGGCGGCGGCGCCGACGAGUGGCGGGUGGCGGUGCACCCGGGCGACGGGGCCGAGCACGAGAACGCCAGGGGCGGCGGCGGCCGGCAGCGGGCGUGCUGCGCGCCGGCAUUUUUGGCGGCGGCGUGGCUGCGGGUGCUCUCGCUGGCGGCCGCGGCGCGGGACAGGGCGGCCGGAGUCGCGAGGGCGGCGUGGAGGAUCGGCGCCGACGACCCGAGGAAGGUGGCGCACGGGUUCAAGAUGGCGCUCGCGCUCGCCCUCUGCUCCGUGUUCUACUACGUCCAGCCGCUCUACGCCUUCACCGGCCACAACGCCAUGUGGGCCGUCCUCACCGUCGUCGUCGUCUUCGAGUACACCGUCGGCGGUUGUCUGUACAAAGGGCUGAACAGGGCCAUGGCGACGGUGACCGGCGGCGGGAUGGCCCUCGGCGUGCAGUGGAUGGCCAGCAGGUCCGGCAAGGAUUUGGAGCCCAUCAUCGUCAGUGGAUCUCUAUUUGUUUUUGCCUCGGCGGCCACCUACUCGCGGUUCAUGCCGACCAUGAAGGCUCGAUUCGACUACGGCGUCACCAUCUUCAUCCUCACCUACACGCUCGUCGCCGUCGGCGGGUACCGCGUCGACGAGGUGGCCUACAUGGCGCGGCACCGCCUGACGACCAUCGCCAUCGGCGCCGCCAUCUGCUUCGCCGUCUGCGCGCUCAUCUUCCCGGUCUGGGCGGGGAAGGAGCUGCACGACCAGGUCGCCCGCAACAUGGACAAGCUCGCCGCCGCCGUCGAGAGCUGUGUCGAGGACUUCUUCUCGGAGUCGGAGGCCGCCGGCACCGGGCCGGCGAGGCGGGCGCUCUCGGAGAGGUCGCAGGGGUACCGCGCCGUGCUCAACGCCAAGGCGUCGGAGGACUCGCUGGCCAACUUGGCUAGGUGGGAGCCCGCGCACGGCGACUUCGGCUUCCGCCACCCGUACCCGCUGUACCAGAAGAUCGGCGCCGCCAUGCGCUGCUGUGCCUACUGCGUCGACGCGCUCGCUGCCUCCGUCGGCACGGAGGCGCAGGCACUGCCGCAGGUCAAAAGGCACCUCGCCGGAGCGUGCGCCGCCCUGAGCCGGCAUUGCGCCGCCGUGCUCCGCGAGGCCUCCGGCUCCGUCGCGUCCAUGACGAGGUCCGCCCGCCUCGCCCUCGUCAUGGGGGACAUGAACACAGCUGCGCAGGAGCUGAGAGACGAGCUGAGAUGCCUCGCCGCGCUACUGGAAGAUGACGACUUCUCGGACACGGAGCACGACCAGAACACUGAAGCACCGGCGCCGCCGCUCAUCGAGGUGCUGCCCCUGUUCACCGCCGCCUCCCUCCUUCUGGAGAUCUGCACGAGGGCGGAGGGCGUCGUCAGCGCCGUCGACAACCUGGCCACGACGGCCAAGUUCAGGAAGGCGGACGACGAGGAGGAGAACGCGCUGGACGUCGAGGCGGCCGUGCCCCCCGCCACCGCCUGGAGCACCACCCUCACAGUAGAAGUGCCGCAAGAGACACACGCCAAGGUCGCAGACCACGAGAAGACGGAGAUGGCGGCCGACCAGAUCAGCUCCGACGGAACACCUCGGGACCAGGUCGGCGAGCUCAUCAAGGUGCUCAUGCGGCGGCGGAGCACCAAGAAGUGGCCGCGCGGGGACGCAUGGGUGUCCCCGAGGCCCCCGCUGGAUUUCGUGGUUCACGCACCCAGCCCGAGGAGCAGGUCCAUGGAGCUCACGGGCCACGCGCAGGUGGCGCCAAGCCCCAGGCACCACCACCGCUCCGCCGACCUCGCCGGCCACCCACCGGUGGCGCCCAGUCCGAGGAACCGGUCCGUGGACUCGGCCAGCCAUGGGCCUGCCAUGCCAAGCCCCAGGAACCGGUCUAUGGACUUCGCCAACCAUGGGCCUGUCUUGCCUAGCCCAAGGCAUCGCAGCAUACUUGGGAUGGCCUGAUCCAUCAAAAACGAAAAGAGCUAUGUUUUUUUCUCUCUCCAAACUCCAAAUUAGGCAAAGUAUGUAUCUACCUCCAUACGAUCGCUUCGACAUGUUGCAAUACAAUUUCGUAUUUGGAGUUAUUUCUG